AUGGAGGGUUUGGCGGCGUUGUUCGACACUCCAUUGGAUGCGUGCAUGAAGGAAAAGGAUGCUCAUCUGACGAACCUUAUUCUCGAGAAGCGCGAGGCAGCGAAGCGCAUAGAGGGGUUGGAGGCCGAGAUAGCGGUCCUGCGUGCUCAGCUUCAACAAACAACACCCCAGCGGCCGUUCUCCUACGGUGGUGAGCCGUUGCCCACCUCUUCCCAGGAAAAGACGGCACAAAAUAAUACGCCGAUAGCCGAAGUAUUGAUGUGGAACGAGGAGCUCAUUCACACCGUCGAACAACUGCAGCGCUCACUCAUUCAGCUGGAAGCAGACUCGAAGGCUCAGCUGAUUACCGUGACUGAUGCCUUGAAUCAAGCAAGGAAGGAGAACGAGAGGUUGCUUCGCGAGAACGAUUCGUUGAAGGCCCGCGUCGGGGACGAUGUGUUGCGGCAGCGACAGACAAAUCGUAUGGAAGUGGCCUGUGAGCGUGCUCGCAUCGCCGCGCGAGUGCGGGCGGCCGGACUCCAGCGACUGGAGGCAGCGGAAGCGAACUUGAUGGAGGCUCACGAUGAUGUGUACCACGUGCAGCGCUGGGAUGCAAUGCUGCUUCCUCAGCGAGACGUCUCCUUUGUCUUCCACAUUGUCUCCAGCGUAACAUAUCCCCUGCAUGGCAUCACGGAGUUCAUCAUGACGGUGUAUCAACAGUUCCUCUUUCACAGGAGCUCCGGGCUUCGUGGCUACCGCGUGGGAUUUUAUCAGAAUAUAGAGGUGUUUGCGUUCCAGGCACCGUCUGACGCACUUCUGUUCUCAAAGGAGUGCCACGAGCAGCUUAUGCGUCUCUCGUGGCUGUCGUGCAUCGAAAACACACCGUCCUUUUCCACCAUUCUGGAAAGCAACACGGUACUGUACAAAGGACCCCGCAUGCACACCUGCAUCUUUUCAUGCUCUCCAGAGUCGUACGUAGACCCUGUCUCCGGAAAGUAUGCCUUUUUUGGACCGGAGGUCGAGGAAGCAGUUAAGGCCGCCAUUGAGCAGUCCCCGAUUGGUGAAAUUGCGGUGAAUGAGAGGUGGGCACAGCUCCUGUGCUUGCAGUCACAGAUAAGAGAGAAUCGAUCGACACCGACGGCGAGCAGCGUGGCCGAGCUGCGCGAGUGUCUGGGGUCUAUGUGGGACGUUGUGGAUUUCCCUGGUGCGCAUCACAUCAUUGCUUCAAUUCUUCCCUCAGAACUGCGCAGUCGCCGAGGAGUCCUGGCACCUGUGCUGCAUCCCAGCUGCAAGUACCCGUGUUUGGAGCUAAAUGACAGCGCCUUUGUGGUGCGCAUGGUUGUCAAGGCGAUGCGCGGAAUGCUCUGUAACGCCUUCGAAAGUCUAGAGGAGGUGGGCGAAGACUCUAACGGUGGUGGCGGCGUCAUUCUGCAGCAGAUGCGACGCCGCGCCACUUUUUUACACAAAGCUGUUGCCCAGGCGCCUUUGGCUACCACAACUCCGGAGCGGAACCCUGAGUUCUCCGAAAGAGCCGCCCAACUGCUGGAGCUGUUUUUAGUUCGAGAGGAACGGAAUAAUAUCAUGGUCCUCUGUCGCAAGAUGGAGGCAGCUAGCGCGGCGCUGGAGCGGGAUAGGAUGGAAUCUGAAGAUCGCUUUGAGAUCAGGAAGCACAAAACACUGAACCCGUCGGAGACAGCGUAUAUCUGCACAAUCGACACGGGUGAUGACACUCUCUGGAAGCGGCUGCUCCUGAAGAGCAUCUCGGAUGAGCAGUUUGAAUCAAUUCAAAACACCAUUCGCGGUGACGUUCACAACGCCGCCAAGGUGCACUUUGGCUUCUUCAUGAACGGCAACGACUCUGAUGUGUUCACGUACGUGUUUCGCGAGGUGGAGCAAGCCCUCGCUUUCGUGUCUGAGAUUUACAUCAAAGUCAAUCGUACAGGCACAAAGUAUGCCCACACAUCGCUGGGCAAGGGCCAGGAUAUCUUCCUGUUCCGCGCCGGCGUGGCGAGCGGUCCAAUGGGCGCCAUCUACCGCAGCAUAGAAAACGGUGUGCUCAAGUGCACCGGUCCGGCAAUUCGCCUCUCCGGCACUCUGUGUGACCUCGCAGAAUGCGGAGAGAUCCUUGCCAUGGAGGAUGUCAUCCGUAGUUUCCACUCAAAGAAUGAGAACUUGCUCGAUACACAGUACAACAUCGUGAACCAAAAGUCCCAGUUCAUCGGCUCCUACGCUGCCCCGGCGGCGGUGCACUCUAUCUUACCCAAGCCGUUUGCAUACCGUCGCCCGCAGUUGCGCACCUUUGGGAGGACUGCCAUGCAAAACAAGAGACUAUACCUGCCCUACCGUUCUGUCCUGGGAACACUUAUGCGGCGCCGGGAUGAGCUGCCGCGGCAGGCCGUACUCGACAUGAUGGAGCAGCAGCAGCGGCGACUGGAGCUGAGUGAGAUGGCCCGCAUGAGCUCCGAGGACGACUACGAGCGCCCCUGGAAGGUUGGCACGGUGGCGGCCUCGCUGCUCCGUAACCCAUGGUUGCUGCUGGGCCAGCCGCAAGCAGAGGAGCAGUCAGAGAACGCGUCUGUGCGUCGCAGUUUCGUGCGGUUCCGUACGGUGGAGGAGGUGGAGGCGGAGGUCAUGCACACGCGGCGCCCGACGAAGCCCCUUGCGUUUCUCUACUGCGAUGUUGGUGGUGCUCGCACAAUCGCCCGGUCUGUCGCACCACCCCUCCUAAAACUAGUCUGGGCACACUAUAAUUACAUUGUCCAGAACGCUGUGCUCAACUUUAGCGGCUACGUGGCAAAGACGAACUCCACAACGGCGUACCUUGUCGUGUUUGAGGGACCUCUCAGAGCGCUUGAGGCGGCGCGGCAAAUCCAGCUCGAGAUGGUCAAAUCAAUAUGGCCAGAAGAACUGCGCCUUCUGGAGACCACGUUGCAUGUGAAGGACCCCAAAUCACAUACUGUGCUCUUUAACGGGCCUCGCCCUCAGAUUGCUGUGCACUUGUCGGAUCAGUACAUGUGGAGACUCAUCUCCUGCCCGUCUUCGCCUGUGGCCCGCAAGAACGACCCCAGUAGCAAGGGUGCGCGUGAGGGCGGCGGUAAUGGUGGUAGAACGACCGCUGCGUCCUGGAGUCCUGUCCAUAUCAGCGGCGUUGGUGUGGAUGAGACCUUCGUGCUCGGCCGGCACGCGCAUGGUGGCGAGAUACGUCUGAGUCGGCCGCUGCUAGAGGCGGUGGGCACGCACCCGAGCGGUAAGCUGCUGCUGGAGCAGCUGAGGAUGGAGGUGGUGGUGGCGCCGGGCGUGAUUUGCCCAACUGAAGGUGCCACAAAGGACAGUAGGACCGCAACUGGGACGACGAAGAAGGUGCAGAGCGAGAGCGAGCUGAAGACUGUGAAAGCGAACAUGUUUACGGGGGAGUGCGUGGUUUCUGUGCCGUGCCAGCUCGAGGGCCGCUUGGCGCUGAUACUGCCGUCGACCAGUGCCACCUUUAGUGCCGCCAAGCUCACGAAGGAGGCCCUAGCGAUGGCAACGACUUCUGCGAGCGAAGACAAUGCUGAGGGCCCCAGCGGUGAGGAGGAUGUUGCCGACCCGGUUGACGACACCGAGAAGCUCGAGUCGGCAGCAGCCAUGUCUCUCCCCACAGAGACGACGGGCCACACAUCGACAAUGCUUCCCAGGGCCAUACUCCUGCCAGAAGAGAUGGUGGCGCAGCAUGCGUGGUUUGUAGAGCCAAAAAAGUUGUUUUAUCCACUGCCGGCUGCAUGGCGCACGGACUGGAGUACCGUGGUGCAGCAGCCAACUAACCAACUUGCGGAGCUCGACUUUUGGGAGGAGGCGAAGCGAAUUCAGACGGCGCUGCAGGAAUUGCUCAAGAUGUUUCCCUCGGGGCGGCUUUUGUCCCGGGCGCUGGAGGACGUGCCAGACGACGCUGCAAGUGGGUGCCCGACUGAGCUCGUGACUUCCAGCUCCACCAACCCGGCCGCCAGUGGCGCAGCAGGAAAAAAGACGGGCGCCGAUAAUCGAUUGCCCACAAAGAUCCCAGCCCCACCGACAUCGUUGUCUGCCGCCCGUGGAGGCGCGAACCACACCCGGCGAGUGAAGGGCACAGAGCUAUCAAAAACGUCUGCGGCCUCCGCGGCGGCGCGUACGGCUACUCCAGCUGCAGCUGUCAGUCAAUAUGUGCAUUUCAUGGACUUCUCCAAGCACCUCCUCACAGCACUGCUGAACGCGCUGGAGAUCGGUGUUGACCAGCACUCCCAAACUUCACUGUCGAUUCUGCGCGGCGGACAAAAAAGCAAGAUCAAAACUGUUGGGCUACCACCUAUGUCUGGUAAAAGUGGCCGAGCAAGCGUUAUCGGCGGUAGUGCCGGCAGUAGCUCGCAGAAGUACUCUCGCAGCACCGUUAACGGGCAGAUUCACAGUUCGUCCUUUGGCCCUAUCGAGUACUCGCCAUCGGGCAGCUUGCGCGAGUCGAGCAUCUCUCUAUCCGACAUUUCACCACUUAGUGGGCGGCCGCUGAACAGUAACCCCGCCGAGGCGCGCGCGAGCCUCACAUCCCCUUCUUUAAGCCGUGAUGCAGAGCUGCAGGAGAUGACUACCUCCGACUCACGUCAUGAGGACUUCCAGGUCACUUCUGAGCGGCCGUUCCUAAUCGCGCUCGACUACCUCGACGAUGCAUGUCGCACGCUGACACAGUUGUCAGGCACCGAGCUAGGAAAACUAGUGCCAAUCCCAGCAGCACCGUCAUCGAAGUCUAAGACCUUUCCAGGCCGAUUCAGCAACGCAAGGCAUCACUGA